AUGCAAAUUCUAAAACCUUUUCAACCCUUUAUACGGCGCAAUGUUCAGCAAGCCAGCUUGUUAAAUCGCUACUUAAUAGUCAUAUCAAACAGAGGAUUUCACGAAUCAGCUGCAACGAAGAGAGCUUCACCAACUCAUGAUAGUGUGCCUAUGCGUAUAUUGUUACUAGGGAGUCCGGGCGCCGGCAAAGGAACUCAAUCCGCUCGUAUACAGAAAAAUUUUAAUGUAGGUGCUACAAUAUCGAGUGGUGAUAUUCUUCGUCAAAACAUAGCUCGAGGGACAAAGGUCGGAAAAAUUGCUGCAGAACAAAUGGCACGUGGAGCGUUUGUCUCUGAUGAUAUAAUGAUUGAACUUAUCAAAAACGAACUUAGUGCUUUUGAACAACAGAAUUGGCUUCUGGAUGGGUUUCCAAGAACAAUCAAGCAAGCUAUGGCAUUAGAUGAAAAUCUAAUAUUAACUGGGCAACCAUUAAAUUUAGUGAUAAAUCUUCAUGUACCUGAGGAUGUUAUUUUAAAAAGAAUCAUGGGUGAAAAAUUGAUGAAAAGGCCAGAUGAUAAUCCUGAAACCUUCAAGAUCCGCCUCCAAAAACAUCACACCCUAAUUGAACCUUUGCUAAAGUACUACGCCAAACAUGGAAUAUUAGUUACAUGUGCUGGUCGCACAA